AUGGCCCAGCAUCAAUAUCCAGUCCAUUACUUUGACCUCCCCAAUUUCACCUUCACCAAUGGGACCACCGUGCCCCUCGUCCGCCUGGCCUACCUCGACAUAAACAGCACUGCCAGCAAAGUCGCCCUCAUCCCAACUUGCUUCAAGGGCUCCCUUCAAUCAACCCUCAACUCUUCUUCUGGCGUCUUGAAGAACCACAGGAUCCUCGUUGUCGCCCUGUUUGGCAACGGCGAGUCUUCCAGCCCUUCCAACACGCCCUCAUUUCCCGCCUCUCUGGACUACCGCGACUGCGUGCGCGCCCAGCAUGCGCUGCUUGCAUAUCUGGGUGUCGAUGUUCUAGACGUCGUCUUGGGGUUUUCUAUGGGUGGACAGACUACCUACCACUGGGCUGUCAUGUAUCCGACCAUGGUACGCAAUGCCGUCAUCAUUUGCUCCUCGGCUCGCACGAGCGGUCAUAACAGACAGUUCCUCGAAGGCCCAUCCGCCGCCCUAGAAAACGCUGUCGACUUCACAGGAAAGCCCCAAGAUUAUGCGUCGCGUGGUGUCCGCGCAUUCGGUAAGGCGUACUCAGCGUGGCUUACUAGUGCUGAGUGGUUUGACCAGCACCUCUACAAGGACCUGGGGUACGACAGCUUGCACGCGUGGGAUAGCGAGACCACUGGGCCGCGGUACGAUGGGUGGUACCCAAACGACCUGCUCGUGAAGCUGCGCAUGUGGCAAAACGGCGAUAUCAGUAAUUUGGCGGACGGUGGCGGAUUGGAAGAGGCCUUGGGGAGGAUUGAAGCGCGGGUUCUGCUGAUGCCGUGUCGGACUGACCAAUACUUUCGCCCCGAUGCCAGCGAGCGCGAGGUCGCGAUGCUGAAGAGAGGGAGUUUGAAAGUCAUUCCGUCGGUUUGGGGACACUUGGCAGGCGCAGGGUCAAACUCAGCGGAUGUAAAGUGGAUGGAUGAGAAGAUCGCUGCCUUUUUAGCAGAAGAUGCAGAUGCAGAGACAGAGGCGAGAGCAUAG